AUGGGCUUGCGUAAUGCGAUCCCUAAGGCUGUCAAUUGGUCGAUGCUGUAUGGUGUCAGGCAGGGAAAGGAUGAGACCCCGUCAGAAUUUCUGGAUAGGCUUAGGGCAGCAAUGAGACAAUACACACCCCUGGACCCAGCAACAGAGGAAGGGAAACAGCAUUUGUUAGGGUUAAUGAUGGGACAGAGUAACCCAGACAUCAGGAAGAAAUUACAAAAGCUCGAGCACCCGGCAAAUAAAAACCUAGAGACACUGCUGAAUGAGGCGUGGAAAGUAUACAAUAAUAGAGAAGUUGAGGAGAAGAAAAAGGAGGACAGGAGGAUAGCUCGAGUAGUGGCUGUAGCAGUGGCAGCUCAGAAGACAGGCUACUCGGAACCUGGAACCAGGGGAAGAGACCCACUGGUUAAGAUAGAGCUAGGGGAGGGUAAAAAGGAAUUAGACUUUUUGAUUGAUACGGGAGCAACCUUUUCAGUUUUAAAUCAAGAAUUUGUACCUAAAAGUGAUGAAUUUGUGCAAGUUGUGGGAGCAACAGGCCAACCAGAAAAGGCUUACUUUUUGAAACCCAUUAAAUACAAAAUUGGGAAGCAAAUGGGAAUUCAUCAGUUCCUGUAUUUACCAAAUUCACCAAAACCCCUACUAGGGAGAGACUUAUUGGAGAACUUGGGGGCCGUAAUAAAGUUUAAUAAAGAUCAAUUGGAGUUUCAAGUAAAUGAAGAACAACUGAUUACAGCUUUAAGCCUAACGAUCAGUUGUGUAGAGCCUAAACCUGAAAGCCACAAUUUCGAGCAAAUCCUGAGCCAGACGUACCCAUUGGUGUGGGCUACUGAUAUACCUGGAAAAUCAAAACAAGCAGCACCGAUUGUCGUUGAACUUAAAGCUGGGACAAAACCGGUGAGAAAGAAACAAUACCCUCUGAGGAUAGAAGAUAGGAAAGGGAUUGAGCCCACAAUCAGAAGGUUUAUGGAACUGGGGUUAUUGGUAGAAUGCGAAUCAGAUUUUAAUACACCAAUCCUGCCAGUCAAGAAACCAAAUGGAACCUAUAGGUUAGUCCAGGAUCUGAGAGCAGUAAAUGAAAUAACUAAGGCAUUGCAUCCGGUAGUUGCUAACCCAUACACGCUUUUGACCAGACUGAAGGAGAAUUUGGCCUGGUUCACCGUAUUAGAUUUAAAAGACGCGUUCUUUUGCCUCCCCUUAGCUCUCGAGAGUCAAAAGAUUUUUGCCUUUGAGUGGGAAUCUGUAGAUAGUGGAAGAAAGACCCAACUCACCUGGACAGUGUUGCCCCAAGGGUGGUGCAAUUCCCCUACGAUUUUUGGGAAUCAGUUAGCCAAGGAACUAGAACAGUGGGAAAGGCCGCUGGGAGAUGGCACCCUUCUGCAGUACGUAGACGACCUCCUAAUAGCAACAGUGACAGAGGAAGAAUGCAUUGAAUGGACUAUUUCCUUGCUGAAUUUCCUGGGUUUAAAUGGAUAUCGAGUCUCUCGACAGAAAGCACAGCUGGUACAGACACAAGUGGUGUACCUGGGAUACGAAGUCUCCAGAGGACAGCGAUCCCUGGGAGCAGCUAGGAAAGAGGCCAUCUGCCAGAUGCCCAAACCAGAGACGGUGAGAGAUCUGCGCGCCUUUUUGGGGAUGACAGGUUGGUGUCGGUUAUGGAUCUACCAGUACGGGAUACUCGCUAAACCACUGUAUGAUUUGUUGAAGGAGGCUAAGAGCAUCCUAGUUUGGACUCCCGAGGCAGAAGAAGCCUUCAAGAAGCUGAAGAUGGAACUAAUGAGAGCACCAGCCUUAGGUCUCCCAGACGUAUCAAAACCAUUCUGGCUGUUCUCCCACGAACGACAAGGGAUGGCCUUAGGAGUCCUAGCACAGCAGCUGGGACCGCACAAGAGAGCUGUGGCCUACUUCUCUAAGCGAUUGGAUGAAGUAAGCAAAGGAUGGCCAGGCUGUCUGAGGGCAGUGGCCGCAGUGAUAAUUAACAUAGAAGAGGCCAGGAAGCUCACGCUGGGCCAAAAGGUGACUGUACUAGUAUCCCACACCGUGUCGGCUGUGCUGGAACAGAAAGGCAACCAUUGGUUGUCGCCUUCCAGAUUCCUAAAAUACCAGGCCGUUCUGGCUGAAUCAGAUGACGUAACCAUUCAGGUAACUAACAUUGUGAACCCAGCUUCAUUUCUAGAAGGAAGAGCCCCGGCAGAACCCAUCGAACACGACUGCCUGGAAACAAUUGAAGCUGUCUAUUCCAGUCGCCCGGACCUCAAAGAAGAGCCGUUCGAAGAUGCGGACAACUGGUUCUCAGAUGGCAGCAGCUUCGUGAAGCAAGGAGUAAGAAUGGCUGGUUAUGCGGUCACUACUACAGAAAGGGUAAUUGAGUCGAACCCCUUACCCACAGGAACUUCAGCCCAGAAGGCAGAACUGAUAGCUCUGACUCGAGCUCUGGAAUUGGCAGAGAAUAUGCAAAUCAAUAUAUGGACAGACUCUAAAUAUGCCUUUUCUGUUGUACAUGCUCAUGGGGCCAUCUGGAAAGAAAGAGGACUGUUGACUACACAAGGAAAAACAGUCAAACAUGCAGAGGAGGUUCUGCGAUUGCUAGAGGCGGUCCAACUCCCAGCUCAAGUGGCCAUAAUGCAUUGUAAGGGACAUCUGAAAGGCAAUACUAUUCCAGAAAUAGGAAAUAGAAAGGCAGAUACAGAGGCCAAAUUGGCUGCCACAAAGUCUAGGGAAGUGGGAAUAACGGCCCUAAUACCAGGAGACCACUCGCCCCAAGAAACCACUCCACCAGCGGAAUGCAAAGUAGUGCACAAUUUAACCUUUGUAGGGCCUCAAGUGAUAAGAAAAUCUAAUGAACUAAAAUUAUUAUUGGACCCCACUUAUUCCCUGAAAAAGGUGCAGAUGAAUAUACGCGUCGAUGUUACGCAUCUGCAGAAGGAUUGUCGACCAUUUGUACAGCAAAGCCUUAAGGGAUGGAAUGCAUGGCUAGCAACUAGGUCCUAUCACAGGCGGGCGCAAAGAGAUAUAAGUGGAUGGGUUGGUACUGGAUUUGGAAUACUGAAUACAGUAGAUCAAGAGGUAUUGGUGAACAAAUUGAGCACUGUCACCACCAACUUAGGAAAACUCAAGGUGCCGCUGAGUUCAUCUAUGCUUACAUUGGCAGAAACACAAUCGCUAGUAGUAAAAUUACUAACCAUGGUAGCAAACCAUACUGCAGAGGAUUUUGUAAAGCUCGCUGAUUACACAGGAGAGCUCAGCAAAGACAUUGCACUCGCUAUCCAAUGCUCUCAGACACAACAGUGGGUACAAUCGAGAGGCUGCAGCGGCGGGCCCUGGAGUGCCUGGAGGCGAACUGAGCAGCUUCUUUUUGGGAGCCCAGGGCCUCCGCGCCAGCAGGAGCGGAGUGGCGCCACUGCAGCCCAAAGCCACUGCGAGCUGGGCCGAGCCAGGAGAGAAAACACCCCGAGGCUUCAUCCCCGCUGCUUCGCCUGCUGGGACUUCCCCGCGGAGCCCAGCUGGGGAGGAAUUCAACACCAGGAAAGGAUUAGUGGAACCCUGUAG